AUGGGCGACACCAGUUCACCCCCCCAUCCUAUCCUGCAGGCGGGCAAUCCCAAGGAGAGCAGUCCCUUCAUCAACAGCACAGACCUGGAGAAGGGAAAAGAGUACGAUGGCAAGAACAUGGCCCUCUUCGAGGAGGAGAUGGACACCAGCCCGAUGGUCUCAUCACUGCUGAGCGGGUUGGCCAACUACACCAACCUGCCGCAGGGCAGCCGGGAGCAUGAGGAAGCUGAGAACAAUGAUGGGGGCAAGAAGAAGCCAGUGCAGGCUCCACGGAUGGGCACCUUCAUGGGCGUCUACCUGCCCUGCCUGCAGAACAUCUUUGGGGUCAUCCUGUUCCUGCGCCUCACCUGGGUGGUGGGGAUCGCUGGCAUCAUGGAAUCUUUCUGCAUGGUCUUCCUUUGCUGCUCCUGUACGAUGCUUACAGCUAUUUCCAUGAGUGCAAUUGCCACCAACGGCGUGGUGCCAGCGGGCGGCUCCUACUACAUGAUCUCACGCUCCCUGGGCCCUGAGUUUGGUGGGGCUGUGGGGCUCUGCUUCUACCUGGGCACCACCUUUGCCGGUGCCAUGUACAUCCUGGGCACCAUCGAGAUCCUGCUGGCCUACAUCUUCCCCGCCAUGGCCAUCUUCAAGGCAGAGGAUGCCAGCGGGGAGGCGGCUGCGAUGCUCAACAACAUGCGCGUCUAUGGCACCUGCGUCCUGACCUGCAUGGCUACCGUGGUGUUCGUGGGGGUCAAAUACGUCAAUAAAUUUGCCCUGGUCUUCCUGGGCUGUGUCAUCCUCUCCAUCCUCGCCAUCUACGCCGGUGUCAUCAAGUCGGCCUUCGACCCACCGAGCUUCCCGAUCUGCCUGCUGGGCAACAGGACCCUCUCACGGCACGGCUUUGACCUCUGCACCAAGGUGGUGGUGGAGGGCAACGAAACAGUGGGCUCCAAGCUCUGGGAGCUCUUCUGCACCUCCCGCUUCCUCAACGCCACCUGUGAUGAGUAUUUCACCAUGAACAACGUGACUGAGAUUGAGGGCAUCCCUGGAGCUGCCAGCGGCCUCAUCCAAGAGAACCUCUGGAGCUCCUACCUCACCAAGGGUGUGAUCGUGGAGAAGAGGGGGCUGUCCUCUGUCAGCCCCCCGGACACCCCUGUGGACAUGGACCAGCCUUACGUCUUCAGUGACAUGACCUCCUACUUCACUCUGCUCGUGGGCAUCUACUUCCCCUCUGUCACAGGCAUCAUGGCUGGCUCCAAUCGCUCUGGGGACCUGCGGGAUGCACAGAAGUCCAUCCCCACAGGCACCAUCCUGGCCAUUGCCACCACUUCUGCAGUCUACAUCAGCUCCGUCGUGCUCUUUGGGGCAUGCAUCGAGGGCGUUGUUCUGCGUGACAAGUUUGGUGAAGCCGUCAAUGGGAACCUGGUGGUGGGCACCCUGGCGUGGCCGUCCCCGUGGGUCAUCGUUAUCGGCUCCUUCUUCUCCACAUGCGGGGCCGGGCUGCAGAGCCUCACCGGCGCCCCGCGCCUCCUGCAAGCCAUCUCCAGGGACGGGAUCGUGCCCUUCCUCAGGGUCUUUGGCCAUGGCAAAGCCAACGGGGAGCCCACCUGGGCUCUGCUGCUCACCGCCUGCAUCUGCGAGAUUGGGAUCCUGAUCGCAUCCCUGGACGAGGUGGCUCCCAUCCUGUCCAUGUUCUUCCUCAUGUGCUACAUGUUUGUCAACCUGGCCUGUGCCGUGCAGACGCUGCUGCGGACGCCCAACUGGCGGCCCCGAUUCCGCUACUACCACUGGACCCUCUCCUUCCUGGGUAUGAGCCUGUGCCUGGCACUGAUGUUCAUCUGCUCCUGGUACUACGCGCUGGUCGCCAUGCUGAUCGCUGGCCUCAUCUACAAGUACAUCGAAUACCGCGGGGCGGAGAAGGAAUGGGGUGAUGGGAUCCGGGGGCUGUCGCUGAGUGCCGCCCGCUACGCACUGCUGCGGCUGGAGGAGGGCCCCCCCCACACCAAGAACUGGAGGCCCCAGCUGCUGGUUCUGGUCCGUGUGGAUCAGGAGCAGAACGUGGUGCACCCACAGCUCCUGUCCUUCACUUCACAGCUCAAAGCAGGCAAGGGCCUCACCAUUGUGGCCUCUGUGCUGGAAGGGACCUUCCUGGACAACCACCCACAGGCGCAGAGAGCCGAGGAGUCCAUCCGCCGCCUGAUGGAAGCAGAGAAGGUGAAGGGCUUCUGCCAGGUGGUGAUCUCCUCCAACCUGCGGGACGGCAUGUCACACCUCAUCCAGUCCAGUGGGCUGGGUGGGCUGCAGCACAACACGGUGCUGGUGGGCUGGCCCCGCAGCUGGCGCCAGAAGGAGGACCACCAGACCUGGAGGAACUUCAUCGAGCUGGUGCGGGAGACCACGGCUGGGCACCUGGCCUUGCUGGUGGCCAAGAACGUGGCCAUGUUCCCGGGCAACCAGGAGCGCUUCUCGGAGGGCCACAUCGAUGUCUGGUGGAUCGUGCACGACGGAGGGAUGCUCAUGCUGCUGCCCUUCCUCCUGCGGCACCACAAGGUCUGGCGCAAGUGCAAGAUGCGUAUCUUCACGGUGGCUCAGAUGGAUGACAACAGCAUCCAGAUGAAGAAGGACCUGACGACAUUCCUGUACCACCUGCGCAUCACGGCGGAGGUGGAGGUGGUAGAGAUGCAAGAGAGCGACAUCUCAGCCUACACCUACGAGAAGACGCUGGUGAUGGAGCAGCGCUCGCAGAUCCUCAAGCAAAUGCACCUCACCAAGAACGAGCGGGAGCGGGAGAUCCAGAGCAUCACGGAUGAGUCCCGCGGCUCCAUCCGGCGCAAGAACCCAGCCAACACACGCCUGCGCCUGAACGUCCCCGAGGAGCAGGUGGGCGACGGCGAGGAGAAGCCCGAGGAAGAGGUCCAGCUCAUCCACGACAAAAACGCCACCACCUUCUCCAGCAGCUCCCAGUCCCCAGCUGAAGAGGCAGAGUCGGGCCCUGAGAAGGUGCAUCUCACCUGGACCAAGGAGAAGUCCGUGGCCGAGAAGAACAAGAGCAAGAGCCCUGUCAGCCCCGAGGGCAUCAAGGACUUCUUCAACAUGAAGCCGGAGUGGGAGAACCUGAACCAGUCAAACGUGCGGAGGAUGCACACGGCUGUGAAGCUUAACGAGGUGAUUGUGAAGAAGUCCCAGAAGGCCAAGCUGGUCCUGCUCAACAUGCCAGGGCCACCCCGCAACCGGAAAGGGGAUGAAAACUACAUGGAGUUCCUGGAGGUGCUGACAGAGCGCCUGGACCGAGUGCUGCUGGUGCGUGGCGGGGGCCGGGAGGUCAUCACCAUCUACUCCUGAAACACGGCGUGAGAAAGCACCAGAUCUUCCGGGAGCAUCCAGCACCUGAGCAGCUGUUCCUCAUUGC